GCAACUUUUAAGAGCAAUGUUGAGUUAAUAUUAUUACUUUAAUUGAGUCAAAAAUGAGAUUGAGAAAAGGUAAACAGGUGUAAAUAAUGAAGGGAGAAUCUGGAGAUUACCAUAAACAUGAUAUGAUAUGAUAUCCAAGAAGAAAGGAAAUCGAAAAAUAAGUGAAUCGGUGGUAGGUAAAUAUGUUAAACGAGAUAAUCCAGUGGAGCUUCCUAUCACCAAUGUAUGGACAAACGUUAAUCGCCAAAAUGUCAAAAAGAAGGAGAAAUCCGGCGAUGUGGAUUUUGAUACUGUUGAUUCACAGCCCAAGACUUUAGCUGAAAAGUGUGCACGGGCUCAACAACUGAAAGAUUUUAAUAAGCUCAGGCCUAACUAUGGACCAUCAAGUUCAACAGUUAGUGGUAUAAUGUGUACAACAAGCGCAAAUAAUUUAACCAAUCUUGGAUCAUGCAGUAAUCUUCAUCAUCAACAUCCCCAACAUCCGAUCAACUUUUAUGGGACUAGAGUAAUGUCUCAUGGGAGUUUGGAAACACGAACCGCAACACCAGGUAAUAUUGGUGCUUUUGGUACAACUUUUCCCGGUUAUCAACCAACAAUUAUCUUUCCUGGUCUAGCUUCAAUUUUUUCACAAAAUAGAGUGACACCAAUUGAGACUAAUUUGAAUAAUAAUUCCCAUAGUCGAGUCUCUUUGGCAUCGCAAAACAGUUCCUUUCGACAAUCUUGCGAAGAUUUACCUCCAGGAUGGUCAACUGAUUAUACUAUGAGAGGUCGUAAAUAUUAUAUUGAUCAUAACACAAAAACUACUCAUUGGUCUCAUCCCUUGGAGAAAGAAGGUUUACCUACAGGCUGGGAGCGUGUUGAAUCUUCAAUUCACGGAACUUAUUAUGUUAAUCAUAUCACUGGUCGAGCUCAAUAUGAACAUCCCUGUGCCAAUCAAUAUGGUGCCUUACAAAUUGUUAAUAGAGAAACUAUUCAUGGUCAUCAACGAGAAUUACCUCUACCUAAACCAUCAAUUCAUCAGCAUAAUGUUUGGGUUCCAGCUAAUCCUUAUCUCACCGAAGAAAUACCAAAGUGGCUUUUUUUUUACUCCCGUGCUCCACUUGAAUUAGAUCACCUUUUAGAGUUUGAACUUUUCAACUUACAAGAACUUCAAGGAUUUGAAGCUAUGAUCAAUUUACUUUACCGUCAAGAAUUGGAAGAAAUUGUUAUGGCCUUCGAAGCAUACAGACGAAAAUUACAACGGGAAAUUGAGAACAGAGAACGUAAAGAGGUCAAAGAAAGAAUCCGAGAGAGACAACUGGAGUAUCAAACAUUGAGAAAUAAUUCUUCAUCUGUAGAUUCUGUUGAAGUUAACCUGUGAUUAACGAAAAAUUCACGUAAAGGUUUUGGUUGAUGUUCUUUACUUGUUGAUGGCUGGGCUGCUGGAAUGAUUUCAUCAGUUUUUUUAACUUCACCGACUUUACCACCUUCUUCCUCCUCUGGUUCAUCGGGUUCAAUUGUUACCCAUCUCCAGGUUAAAAUUUUGGCUACUUUACCCUUUAGUGGUUCAACCUGCAUCAAUAAUGAAAAAAA